CACUUGUUGCACUUUCGCGCGUCCUAACUUCAACCAAGUUGAGAAGUUUCGAGCGGCCCCGCAGUCGAGAAAUCUGAGAAUCAUGUUGAGCAAGAAGAUUAUUAUUGCUGUUGCCGUGGUGCUGGCUCUGUUCUGCUUCGUGGAGGCGCGGGAGGAGGGUCCUCACGAUAUGGCCGACGCUCUUCGCAUGCUGCAGGAACUGGACCGCUACUACACGCAGGCUGCUAGACCAAGGAUUGACCGCCGCGACGUCGCGGACGGGGACCGCGUCGACCCAGACUUGUUAGAUCGCGCGGUGCGGCUACUGCAGCUGCAGAAUCUAGACCGCAUUUACUCCUACCACACCCGACCAAGGUUCGGCAAACGUUCCGAUGCUUUCACAAACUGGGCUAAGGAUCAGGAGAAGCCGGACCUACCGGCGUGGUUGACUUUCGCCCGGAGGAGAUGAGUCGAGCGAAUUAACCGGCGUCACAACUAAUAUACUAUUACUAUUCUAUUACGUCUAUGUACCGGACUCAAACGCUAUUACAUCUAAGGGACUUGUUUUAUCUUUAGAUUUUUCUAAUUCGUAGAUUAUUCGUAGUCUAAUCGUUGUUUUUUUGUCUAUGUUAGUAAGUCGGACUUUGUUUAUAGUUUUGGACAUUAUUUAGCUAUGGAUAUGUUUGACUUGUAGAGGUAAUUUGAUGUACUUUAUCAUAUUGGUUAUAUGUAUUAUUAAAGUCUAAUUAAUCUAUGGAUCAAAUGUCAUUGUAAUGUUAUCGAUAAUAAAAGCAAU